AUGAAUAUUCUACCUCAAAAGAAGUGGCAUGUUCGCACAAAAGAGAACAUUGCUCGAGUUAGAAGAGAUGAGGCAAAAGCUGCCCAAGAAGAGCAAGAUCGCUUAGACAGGGCCAUUAAAGCGGAGAAUGAGCGACGCCUAGAAGCUUUGCGAGCACAGGCUGCUAAGAGAGAUGCAAAUCUUGAACCCUUUGCACUGCGUGGGACAGCAGAGGCAACAACAAUAGCCAGCUCUUCUGGGCAUGUUAAU